AUGCUUUACUGUCUUGUUUGUAUUUUGAAAGGAUUACGAUGUACUAAUCGUUAUAUUACAUCCAAUAACCUGGAUGGUGUGCUUUUGGAAGCUCAUCAAAUGCUAUUGAACGAACUUGUGGAGUCGAAACGAUGGUCACUGGAUGAUCAGCAAGAUGCACCGGAGUUGUUUACUUACUUUAUGGAUGUCGCUUGCAGUCAGUCCCCAGGGCGUACCGCUUCAAAGGCCACCGAAGGUUUGAGUUUAGUCUCCCAGUUAGUUGGAUCUCGUUUUGAACAUGCUGGUCCACAUUGUUUUCAUCGAGGUCUAGUCAAUGGCAAAAGUCGGACCUACGCCUUCCGUUAUCCUCUACGAACCGAUGUCUUUCAACGCCACCUUUUAGCAAAUCAGGUGAUUUGUACAAACUGUGGUUAUCGAAGUUCUCCCAGCCUACAGGCCGAGGCUUGUAUCACAUUAUGUUUGGAUAAGCAGGUGUUUCGUGUUCCUCCGGAGGAGGUGCAAUCGAGCGUAGCCUAUCUUCUUUUCUACGAGCGUGAACCACCGCAUUUUCGAUCAUCGGUCACCGGAUCUCUUAGCCACCGCGUAUCGAACUACGAAGACGGUAGUUUGUCCGGCCCAUCCCGACCAUAUGGUCUGGUUUCCGACGAGACAAACCGACCAGUCCCUUGGGCUCAUUCGGGAAUGGAUGGAGAUGUAUGUGCCGAGUCUAUCGGGACCGAUAACGCGAAUGUGACUAUUCGAUUCGAUGAUGGUGAUGAGGAUGACACAGAGGAUGAAGACGAGGAGGACUGUGAUGAGGAAGGCGAGGACUCAGAUGUUCCUAGUGAUUUUGCCGAAGAGGAAUUUACCGGUUCUCGAGCAGAGGUUAUCCGUUCGUUGGCCAUGGCUGCAAAACGCUUGCAAAUGUGA